AUCUUGGUGAGCUGGGUGUCAAUACGGAUGGGAACCUGACGAAUUGACUUCAUAGUUUAUGAUAUAAGCAUUUAAUACACAGUGGAAGCACUUUGUUGACGAUCCGGACUCUCUCUCGCGUUCUAUACUUGUAUUGCAGCUUGAAUGAUGUCCCGGAGGUGAUGAAGCAGAUGCCACCCCUUCCAGUAAAGAUGAACGAAGAGCUUGCCAACACCAUCCUUCCGCGCCCAAACAUCCCCAUGAAAUAGGUACCUGAGGCGAAAUUCAGCUGCUGCAAAAUCUUCUCAGCAUCUCAAAGCCAUACUUGAGCCUCUUUUGUAGUCGGUGUAAAAUCGUUUUGUUGAUGGUGGUCAACACCUAGUUUGGUUGGUUGGUUUUCUUCUAAAAGCAGUCCUUGGUAGGAAGAAGAAGAUUUCUCAGAAUUUUACCUUUUCUUUUCCUGGGUUUGUAGGCAAUUAGGCUUACACAGAAUAAACAAUAAGCAAAAUAUGUGAUCUUGUUGCUAAUCUUCUCUCUUUACCCCCCAUUUUGGGGCCUUCUGUGAAUAUGCUGUAGCUUCACUUCUUUUGUCAUUGCAGGAUUAGUGCUUAGUAACUUGGAAUUUGUUCUUUGCUUAUUUCAAGCAAGUAGCCCUUGGAAAGGAAAGAAGAAAGGGUUGUUUUGUUUGAUUAGUUUAUCUGGAUAUUGAGUUUAUUAUGAAUGCUAUAUAAUAAUAUUUUUUUUUUGGUCUAUCAGGAAUUCUAUUGGAUUCAAUUCAUACAAAUUGGCACCCAUCUUUUGUUGAGUUUCUAAAGUCCACUUAAACUUUGAAAAAGGUGGGCUGCUUACCACCAAGGCAAAAUCCAGACUUUCUUGUUAGCAAAAAGGACCUUUCAAAUUUUCACCCCCAUCUACAAGCUUCAACCUUCUUCGAAGUACAAAUACUUCUACAUCAUCAAAUUAGUAUUAUUUUAUCUAAAAACACUACGAGCAUAGAUGGUCUGAUCCUGACUGGCAUUGAAUCAUAUUCAUGAUAAGAGUCAGAUAGAACAUAAAAGGAAAAACUGUGAUUUCGUCUUGAAAUCAUAUUCAUGAUAAGAACCAAAUCGAACGUAAAAGGAAAAAAAUCUGAUAUCGUCUAGAAAUAAAUCAUAUUCGUGAUAAGUGCCAAAUCGAACAUAAAAGGAAAAACGAGAUCCGUCAGUCAGAAGCUCUUCUAGUCGAGUUGAGUUUUAAUUCGACUUGCUUUUCCUUUUACCUCUCAAAGAAUCCAUGAUACCGACUUUCAUCAUAUCCAAAUAUCGACACGGUGAAAUAUGGACCAAAACGUUCCACACCACAGUUCUCAUGAAUCAAGAAGUUAUGUUGAAAGCAAAAGGUCAUGAAUUGGACUAGACUUUUUAACGUAUGCUUUGUAAUUCUUCUAUUUAGGGGGCUCUGAAUAAUUCAUCGUGACCACAAAAGUAAUCUCAAUCUAGAUACACACGUUGUUGAUAAUUGACCAGUAAAAAAAAAAGGAAUUUGGUUGCAAAAGGAGGCUCCCAAUACAUCAUUAUUACGACUUUAUACGACGACCCAUAGCCCAUGAGACUAAAUACUAUUAUCAGAAAAAGUUUACUAUAUUCAUAUCUGUGUAGGAAAAGUCUCUUUUGUUCUUUGCUUGCAUGAGAUUAUCUAUAUAUGUAACACAGAAGCCGCAGGAGAGAAUAUUAACCUUCUUCGUGUACAAGCAAAAGAACAGAGCAUAUCUAGAAGCAGGUUUCCUGCCUGAUAGAUGUGCAUCAUUUCAUUACAUCUACUACUUUAAUCCUUCUUCUUCUUCUUCUCCUUCGACGAUCGAGGACAACGUAAUCAUCUUUCGAUCGCGCUUAAUUAUGUUGAAGAAGAACACAUCUUCAUCAGUUGGCACCUUUGCUGUGUUGGGCAUAAUAGUCAUCGUAGCAGCCUCCUCUUUGGACUUCGUUGCAGCGCAGCCAGCAGCCGUUUCCAGCAAUGAAGGUAAUGGUAAUUGGAGUAGUGGUGACAAUGAUGGCACGGUGAGGAUUGACCCUCUAGACAAGUUCAAGAAAUACAGGGGAGGGUUUGAUAUCACUAGCAAGAACUACUGGAGUUCGACAGCAUUUACAGGCAUAUAUGGCUAUGCCAUUGCUGCCCUCUGCCUCCUGGCUGGAAUUUGCUACGGAAUUUUCAAGCUUGUCAUUGUUCUCUGCUGCCAAAAUAGGAGACGGAAUUUGAAAGGAGGCAGGAAAUCGUCACCACAUAAUGACGAAAGUUAUGUGAUGUACAAACGCUUAGUUAUCCUUGUCCUCCUCACUCUCGUGGCCAUAAUGGUUGCAAGUGGAGUAGCCCUAGGAGGGAGCUCGAGCUUCCACAACAGGGCCAAGAAGGCAGUGGACAUCAUCAUACACACCGCAAACAAUGCCUCGCGGACCAUCUACGAUGUCACGUCGGCGAUGACUGGCAUUUCUCGUACUCUCGAAUCCACCGAGGCCUCGAACCAGUUCCCGACAGCGAUGACCGCCUCGAGGUUCCUGAGCUCCACGUCGCGGAGGCUGGAUCGUGAAGCUGCCAGCAUUGAGAAGGAAGCCAGAGACAAUAGGCGACGGAUCGAUGUAGCCGUCACUAUUGUGUACGUUAUAACCGUCGUCGCUAUUGCUCUCAAUUUGGCUGUCACCAUUGCUCUUUCAGUUUGUGGGGUACUGAGGAUUCGGAAAGCAAUUAAUUGGCUUCUUGCAUUAUGUUGGUCGCUAAUAGUCCUCUGCUGGUUGCUAUUUGGCAUCUAUUACUUCUUACACAAUUUCGCAAAUGACACGUGUCGAGCACUCGAGACAUUCGACCACAAUCCUCAGAACAGCAGCCUCAGCUCGCUCGUGCCCUGUGACGAUUUAGCCGCAGCGAAACCAACUCUGAGACGGGUCAGGGAGGGAAUUUACGACCUCGUCUCCCAACUGAACGUCGCCGCCGCCAAUGUAUCCUCGACGUUGGGAGUGCCUCCCAACUUCAUUCAAGUUUGCAACCCUUUCUCGUCACCGCCGAAUUACCAUUACCAGCCACACGAUGAUUUCACUUGCCCUCCUCCUUCGAUCCCCAUUCGCGACAUUCCAAAGGUAGUGAAAUUGGUGACAUGCUCAGACGACGGGACAUGUAGCAACGGGCAAUUCGUAUCCCCUGCCGAUUACAGACUAGUGGAGGGCUACGCCAGUUCGAUCCAGAGCCUCGUCGACGCCUUCCCCGAGAUGCAGAGCCUGGUGGAAUGCGAGUCCGUCAGGGCUUCUCUGUCUCGAAUUGUCGACCGCCAUUGCCAGCCAUUGAAGAAGAAUGCAAAGAUUGCUUGGGCAUCAUUGAUUCCCCUCUCUGUUCUCAACAUGGCCCUUCUCGUUUUGGUACUAGUAAUACAGAGGAUUGGACCUUUAGGAACCAGCGGUUCCGUGGGUGCCGUCGCUAAAGAUGAAACGGCGCCUCUGCCUCGCCAUUCUUCGUCGUUGGAGAUAGCCGGCUCCGGCGGCCACCAUCAGUUGGUUUAGUGAAUACUUCAUUCUUAAUUUAUUUGUUUGUAUAUUCCCACCUCUUAUAUUUUUUUAUUUUAGUUUAACUAUUUUUAUAGGUUACAUAGGGGUAGUAUUUUUGUUUACAGAGGAUUCAUAUUAAUAGUUGAAUCUAUAUGGUGUACAAAAUUAGAUGGUUACUAAAAAGUACAAAUAAUACUCUAUGAUAUGGACCCAAUCAAGGGGAAGAGAACCAUUCAUAGUAGUAAGUAAUUGUAUCCAUUCUUUUGUUUGAUGUAUGAAGAUGAAUGAAAUUUCGAUUUUGGUUGAUUGUUCGUAGAUAACAAAUUGAAAGAUACAGAGCUUUUGAGUUUUGACUAUCGAGCCAAACUUUUUGUGUCAAACGGUAUUAUGCUGCAUGUUAAUAAUUCAUUUGUAAAAAGUGACAUGUUAUCCACCAAUAUAUUCGAAUACUUAGAGCCAAUUCGAUGUUUUGAUGAUGAAAUGUGAUAAUGAAAUGCGGUUUAAAUAUGUAAGAAAAUAACAAUGGAUAUGAUUUUGUGUGUAUGCUUUUGGAUUCACUAGUAGUUGGUAGGAAGAACAAGCAAGCGAGAUGUGGUACCAAAUGCUUCAAAUCGAAAUCAAACACUAAAUUCUAUACAAGUAGGAUUAACGGUGAAUUUCGUAUUUAUAUUUAAAUGCUGAAUUCAUAUUUCAUGGAUGUACAUUCUGUGUCGAAGAACAUGGAAUUAGAAAACUAAUCUAAUAAUUUAUAAUUGGAUUU